CCUCCCUAGGGGCCGCACACCCCACACAAACUCUCCCGGCACACACACUCCGGCACUGGGGCCGAGCGGGCGCUGCUCCCACGCUCAGAGCCCGGCCCUAGUGCCUCGCGGGCCCAGCCGCCAGGUCCUUAGCGGAGCACCCGCACCCCCGCCCGCUGCCGAGGCUCCACUCCAGAUGGCGACUCCUCCAGCCCCCAGACGCCGCCCGGCAGCAGCCGGCGGUCGCUCCCUCCCUCUCUCCCAGCUGCUGCGGCGAGACAAGGCGCCUGGCAAGGAGGGAGAGCUCUACUGCAGGCUCGGACUGGGGCGGGAGCCGGACCUCCGAGGGGUACGCCGGAGUUGUGGGAGCGGGGAAGGAGCCCCGCAGGCACCAGUGAUGGAGGAUUCAGGCAUCCAGCGAGGAAUCUGGGAUGGAGAUGCCAAGGCUGUCCAACAGUGUCUGACAGAUAUUUUCACCAGCGUUUACACCACCUGCGACAUUCCCGAGAACGCUAUAUUUGGUCCCUGCGUCCUGAGCCAUACUUCCCUGUAUGACAGCAUAGCUUUCAUAGCUCUCAAGUCUACCGACAAGAGAACAAUUCCUUAUAUCUUCAGGGUAGACACCUCAGCAGCAAAUGGUUCCUCAGAAGGUCUCAUGUGGCUGCGUCUGGUUCAAUCGGCCAGAGAUAAAGAAGAGCAGAACCUUGAAGCCUAUAUAAAAAACGGACAGCUGUUUUACCGCUCUCUCCGAAGGAUUGCCAAAGAUGAGGAGUUACUAGUUUGGUACGGCAAAGAACUGACUGAGUUACUCUUGCUCUGCCCCUCUAGACCCCACAGCAAAAUGAAUGGGUCGUCCCCUUACACAUGCCUGGAAUGCAGCCAACGUUUCCAGUUUGAGUUCCCCUAUGUGGCGCAUCUGCGCUUCCGCUGCCCCAAGAGAAUUCACAGCGCUGAUAGGAGCCCCCAAGACGAACAGGGUGGCGGCGUGGGCACCAAGGAUCACGGGGGCGGCGGCGGCGGUGGCGGAGGCAAGGAGCAGCAACAACAGCAGCAGCAGCAGCAACAGCAACAGGAGGCGCCCUUGGGCCCCGGCCCCAAGUUCUGCAAAGCCGGCCCGUUCCACCAUUACCCGACCCCCUCCCCCGAGGGCAGUAACCCUCCGGCGACUGGCGGCGGCAGCUCGAAGCCAUCCACGGACUUUCACAACCUGGCGCGGGAGCUGGAAAACUCCGGCGGAGGUAGCAGCUGCUCCCCGGUUCGGAGCCUCAGCAGCAGCAGCAGCAGCAGUGGCAGUGGCCACCAGGAGGCGGAGCUGAGUCCCGACGGCAACGCCGCGGGCCUGGGCAAAGGAAAGAGGAAAUUCCCGGAGGAGGCGACUGAGGGCGGUGGUGGCGCGGGGCUUGCGGGGGGCCGAGGCCGCUUCGCCGAGCGGCCCCUGCCCGCCUCCAAGGAGGACCUGGUAUGCACGCCGCAGCAGUACCGCGCCUCGGGCAGCUACUUCGGCCUGGAAGAGAACGGCCGCCUCUUCGCGCCGCCCAGCCCGGAGACAGGCGAGGCGAAGCGCAGCGCCUUCGUGGAGGUGAAGAAGGCGGCCCGAGCGCCUGGACUGCAGGAGGAGGCGGCAGCGGAUGGCGGGGUUGCAACCGUCGACGACCAGGACGCGGGUAGCGGCGGAGGCUCCUCCACGCCCGUGGCCGCGUCGCCGGCUAGUGCCGAGAAGCUGCUGGCCCCGCGGCCCGGGGGCCCGCUACCCAGCCGGUUGGAGGGCGGCAGCCCGGCUCGUGGCAGCGCUUUCACCUCGGUGCCGCAGCUGGGCGGCAGCGGCGCUGCGGGCGGCGCGGGCGCGGGCAGCGCGGGUGGCGCGAGUGGCGCGGGCAGCUGCCAAGGCGCCGCGUCGGACGAGCGCAAAAGCGCCUUCUCGCAGCCGGCGCGCUCCUUCUCGCAGCUGUCCCCGCUGGUGCUGGGCCAGAAGCUGAGCGCCCUCGAGCCGUGCCACCCCAGCGACGGUGUGGGCCCCACCAGACUCUACCCCGCUGCUCCUGACCCUCUAGCAGUGAAGCUCCAGGGAGCCGCAGACCUGAACGGAGGUUGCGCGGCCCUGCAGAGCGGCGGUGGCGGCCUUCCCAAACAGAGCCCCUUCCUCUACGCCACCGCCUUCUGGCCCAAGAGCUCCGCAGCCGCGGGGCCCCUGCAGCUACAGUUGCCCUCGGCGCUUACGCUGCUGCCUCCCUCCUUCACCUCGCUGUGUCUGCCCGCGCAGAACUGGUGUGCCAAGUGCAAUGCCUCCUUCCGCAUGACCUCCGACCUAGUAUACCACAUGAGGUCGCAUCACAAAAAGGAGUACGCCAUGGAGCCCUUGGUGAAGCGAAGGCGAGAAGAGAAACUCAAGUGCCCCAUUUGCAACGAGUCCUUCAGGGAGCGCCACCACCUCUCCAGGCACAUGACCUCCCAUAAUUGACACCGAAAGGACCCCAGCUUUCCACUCGGCACGUCCACGCACAGCACAGUCAAGCCACCUGUAGGAACAAACACGUGAUGGCAUCCACCACCUCCUAGUGAUCUGAGACAUUGCACCCAGAGAGACGGUCACAUUACACACAGACUCUCAAACACGUGUGCUCCUCCAGUAAUCUCAUUCAAAUGUUUACCUGCCACCUACACUACGCACACACGCACGCACACACAGGAUGGUGGAUUUUUGAUUGGGUGGGUUGUUUUGAGGGGUUUUCUUUUGAAUGCACGCAUUUUCACUUUCCAAAAAACAAAGGUACAUUUUUUAAAAUGUCAUAUAUUGCAACAUAUUGAUGCAUUUGUCAUACGUUUCUACUUAAAUUAUUAAGCACUUACAGUUUAGAUGUAAUAAUUGUAUGUAAGGGCAAAAUUUAUUUUAGAUAAAAAGUAAAGGAGGAGAAUGAGAUGCUUUCUGCAUUUCUUGAUGACAGUUUGUGUUCUUACAAAAAUAAACAAAAUAAAAACGGGGGUCACUAUUCAAUCAAAGUUUCCAGGGGGAAGUGCAUGUAUCAUGAAACGAUUAUGGACUUCAAUAAAGAAUGUCAUCAUUAUGUAAAUAUAUAUUUCCUUUUAAAGAAAGUGUAAUUUUGUGCCAGUGAAAUGGAGUCUGAAUAGUUAUGUGUUUCUUUUAUCCCUGGAAAGAUUUAUUAAACUUUAUAGAUGAUCUGGGUAUGU